CACGCCCACACAGCCUCGCGCAGACCUGAGAGCAGCUCCGUCAGCCUCCACCCAGCAUCUCCCUUCUGUCGUCACCUGGCCCUGAGCACCAUGCUGCAGCACAAAGAGUUCGACACCGCGGGGAAGAAGCCCGGCCUGCAGGUGUGGCGCAUUGAGAAGAUGGAUUUGGCACCUGUCCCUCCUGAGCUCCAUGGAAACUUCUACACUGGAGACUCAUACAUCCUGCUCCACACCACCUCUGCUCCUUCUUACAACGUGCACUCGUGGUUUGGAGAUGAAACUUCCCAGGAUGAGAGAGGUGCUGCUGCCAUCUUCAUGAUCCAACUGGACGACUUCUUGCGUGGAGCACCAAUACAGUUCACUGAGUUUCAAAACCAAGAGUCAAACAGCUUCCUGAGCUACUUCAAGUAUGGCAUCACAUACAAGAAAGGUGGAGUGGCUUCAGGCUUCAACCAUACUCAAACCAAUGAGUUAGACACCCAGCGCCUGCUACAUGUUAAAGGUCGUCGUGUAAUCAAAGCUGAUGAGGUAGUCAUGAACUGGAGCAGCUUCAAUCGUGGAGACUGCUUCAUCAUUCAGUUGAAAGAGUGCAUCUACCACUGGGCUGGCAGUGAGUGCAAUAUGUUUGAGCGCCUGAAAACCACUGAGAUGGCCAUUGGUAUCCGAGACAAUGAGCUACAUUGUCGUGCUCGGAUCGAAAUGAUUGAUGAAGGCUCUGAGCCAGAAGCUGUCAUUCAAGUUCUUGGACCGAAACCUGACCUCCCAGCAAGCUGUGAUAUAAUCAAUGAUAAGGAGAACCAGAGCAUGGUGUCUCUCUAUAUGUUUUCUGAUGCAGCCGGCAGCAUGAAGACCACCUUGGUUGCAGAUAAAAACCCGUUCAAACAGGAAAUGCUCUCCCCCGGGGAAUGCUACAUCUUGGACAAUGGUCGAAACAAUCAACUAUUAGUUUGGAAAGGUUCUGAUGCAAAUAAAGAUGAGCGCCAGGCAUCAAUGAGAGCUGCAUCAAAAUUCAUCGAUGAAAAUAAUUACCCCAAAAAAACUCAGAUCAUAGUGAUGCCAGCAGGGGGAGAGAGCACCCUCUUCAAGCAGUUCUUCCCCAACUGGUUGGACAAGGAUGAGACCACUGGCACAAGCAAGGCCUACACCAUCGGUAGCAUCGCCAAUGUGGAGCAGAUCCCCUUCGACGCCUCCAAACUUCACAACAACAAAGUCAUGGCUGCCCAGCACGGCAUGGUGGACGACGGCUCUGGGACAGUCAGGAUUUGGCGUGUGGAAGGAGGCGAUACAAUUCUUGUGGACCCUUCCAAAUAUGGACAGUUCUUUGGAGGAGACUGUUACCUGGUGCUGUACUCCUACACAGACGGAGCCAGAGAGAAGCAUACCAUCUACACCUGGCAAGGGCUGAAGUGCUCUAAGGAUGAACUGACUGCCUCAGCCUUUCUCACUGUCCAGCUGGACGAUUCCAUGGGUGGAGCAGCUACCCAGGUUCGUGUCACUCAGGGCCAGGAACCCUCUCAUCUCGUGAGCAUGUUCAAGGAAAAGCCUCUGGUGGUCCACCUGGGUGGGACGUCCCGCGAAUGUGGCGAGAGCAAGCCUUGCUGCACGCGACUCUUCCAUAUCCGCCUGAGCUCCACCAAAGCCACCCGGGCUGUUGAGGUGGAGCCCACUGCCUCCUCCCUGAACACCAAUGAUGUGUUUGUGCUGAAGACGCCUGAUUCCCUGUUCCUGUGGAAGGGUAAGGGGGCGGCCCCGGAGGAGAUGGGAGCAGCUCAGCAUGUUGCCACCAUGCUUGGAGGAAAUGCCACUGUGGUUGAGGAGACCAAGGAGCCGAAGGCUUUCUGGUCCCCACUGGGUGGGAAGAAGCCGUACCAGACCUCCAAGUCACUGCAGAGGAUGGUCAAGCAUGCAAGACUGUUUGGCUGUUCAAACAAGACUGGCAGGCUGAUAGCGGAGGAGGUGCCCGGUGAGUACUCACAGAUUGAUCUGCUACCCGAUGAUGUCAUGAUUCUGGACACCUGGAAUCAGCUCUUUCUUUGGGUUGGAAAACAAGCCAAUGAAACCGAGAAAAAAGGAUCACCCACGAUUGCUCAAGACUAUGUGAAGGCGGAUCCCUCUGGCCGAGAAGGAGUCCCCAUCUCUAUCAUCAAACAGGGGGAGGAGCCGCUCUACUUCACCGGCUGGUUCCUCGCCUGGGACUCCAACUUGUGGGAGAAAGAGACUCUGGAGUGCACUAAAGCACGUGUCAGCAAUAGUGGAAAAAAAGCUAAGGAAUAGCUGCAGUAUACUUACAAAGAUUCACUACUUCUCAUGUAUCGUCAAACUUGAAAGAAUAAUCAACCUUUAAGGUGCUGUGAGCUUUGAAAUGAUGUUCUGCGUGGUUGGAGGGGCGUUAUAAAACUGCAAUAAAGAUAUACCAUUUUAAUAUCUGAUGCAUAGAUUACUAUAUCAUUCACUGCAUCAAAGAUAUAUUAAAUCAAACCUUUGCUGGGAACAUUUCUGUCA